AUGUCCAAACCGAACUCAAGCUGGCUACGUGGAACAGUCAUACGCAAGUCCGCCCUUCCAUCCUCAGCACAAAGUACGCGUUCUUCCACUCCCUCAGGCGGCCUUCCAUCCACUGCGGGUAGCACUUCUACCAACGCCAGCACUAGCACUGUAACAAAUGGCGGACCGUCAACAACAACAGCAUCAACGACGACAACGUCCUACACGUUCACCACAGGCGGCGGCGGCGGCGUCAAAGACUCAACAGGCAAAGUCUCCGAAUACUCCUCCCAAGACGACCAAUGUCCCGUCUGUAAAUCCGAUCGCUACCUCAACCCCCGUCUUCGUCUCCUCGUCAGCGCCUGUUAUCACAAAAUGUGUGAAUCCUGUAUUGACAGGUUAUUUACUUUGGGUCCGGCACCGUGUCCGAUUUGUGGGAGGACAUUGAGGAAGUUGGCGUUUAUGCCUCAGACUUUUGAGGACCUUGUGGUUGAGAAGGAGGUUGCUGUUAGGAGACGGUUGGCGAAGGACUUCAAUAAACAUAGAGAAGACUUCCCCGACUUGAAAUCAUACAACGACUACCUCGAAGAAGUCGAAGACAUCACAUUCAACUUAAUAAACGACAUCAACGUCCCCCAAACCGAAUCCCGCAUCACCAAAUACCGAUCCGAAAACGCCCAACUCAUCUCACGCAACAUCCAACGCGACGAAUCCUACGCCUCCACUCUCCGUCAACAAGAAGCUCUCGACCGCCUCGCACGCGAAGACCGUGCCCGUCAACUCGCUCUCGAAGAACAAUCGGAAAGAGAGAAGAAAAUGCGGGAGAGGGAGGAGUUGAUUAGUGCUUUGGAGAAUAGUGAGGAGGGGGUGGAUGCGCGGGAGUUGGUGAGGGAAGCUGCGAGGCGGUUGAGAGAGAAGGAAAGAAGAGAGAAGGAGAAAGAGAGGGAGAGGGAACGGAGAGCAGCAGACGUACCUUCUCGAUCUCUCCGCUCUCGUUCAGCUUUGCAAAACGCGAUUCCAGACGUCCCGCACGUACCAAUCCAGGACGACUGGUACGCAUACGAGGACCGUUACUCAUUACGCAGCGCGGGGUAUUAUGACCCCACGAGUGAAGCUGUUCGGAGAGACCGAGAGGGAAUCAUGCGUGCUGGUGGGUACGUGGUUGAGGAAGCUUGGGAACGUGCUCUUAGAUGUGCUGUUGCUGGACUUGACAUCGCUCCUUUAUCUUCAUCAUCUUCAUCUUCAUCUCCCGCCGUACCACCUUCGUUGACGAGUGGAGGAGACGUGGUCAUGACCGUUGUUUAGACAUUUAGACAUCUAGAUACACGGCAUCUGUCCUUCUUGCAUUAUUAUUAACAUUCUGCACUGC